AUGUUUUCAUUUGUGUUCAUUUUUCUUUUCUUGGCAAUCUUGAGUUGUUCAAUCGCGACAUCUUCAAUUGAUUACAUCUCUUUUGAAGAGUACAUAAGACUGCAAAAUCGACUAUUUGAGCGAGAGAAACAGAAACAGAAACAGAACCAACAAAUAACUUCUGAACCUUAUACCUUGUUUACUUUCAAUUCAACAUGGAGAUGUAAUUUGAAUCAGAAAUGGAAUGCAACAAUUUAUUUCUACCAACAUGAUGAGAAGUGAGUAAAACUGACAAUUCAAAAAUUAAAAAAAGAGUUUUUUCUACAGUGGCUCAAAUAAUUAUUUGGUUGAUUAUAAAUUCAUCGAAUUAACUCACCCAAGUUAUUCAAUCAAAUCUUAUGCACGUCAAGAAAAAUCUGAUGUUCAAAAUGAUGUUCGAGUUGCAGUAUAUCACAAUUGUGAGAAAGAUGGAAAUUAUAUGAAGUUCAUUGAGAAAAUUGAAAAAGCUGAAAAGACUGGAAAGCAACAAUUUACUAUGAGAAGUGAUAUAAAUAUAGAUAACAAAGGGGAUAAGAUUGAUGAAAAAUAUGUUGCGAAGGAAUGGGUUGAUGUUAAACUUUGA